AUGUUCAAUAGAACACUUUUGGCAUCAAUCAACAAGGAGCCACCACAGAGAAAGUCCUUGUUCGGAACCAAAUGUUUGGUGAAUGGUAAAGUAUGCAAGGUAAUAGUUGAUUCUGGUUCUACUAAGAACUUGGCUUCUACUGAGAUGAUUGAGAAGUUAGGAUUGAAGAAAAUACCCCAUCCUAACCCCUAUAAAGUAUCAUGGUUGAAUAAGGAGAAGCAAAUAUUAGUUGAUGAGCAAUGUUGGGUCAGUUUUUCAAUCGGUGGUUAUGAAGACAAAGUUUUGUGUGAAGUAGUGACUAUGGAUGCCUACCAUAUUCUUUUAGGGAGACCUUGGCAGUAUGACAUGAGUACUCAACAUGAUGGCAAGAGGAAUGUGUAUCACAUCAAGAAGAACAGUGAAAAUUUCACAAUGACUUCCUUACCGGCUGAUGGACAGGAAAAGAACUCAACUGGCAGUGUGAUGCUGGUUGGACAGAAGGAGUUCAUGAAAGGCCUACAGGAGGACCAGACCAUGUGUUUUGCUAUUGUGGUGAAGCCUAAGGAUAGCAUACCCAAGCAAGAGAAAAAUCAGAAUUUGUUGAAGAAUGUAGGCCCCAAGGAGCUUGCUGAUCUGUUGGAUCAGUAUAAAGGAAUUGUUGCAGAUGGUACCAAUGAUGUCUUACCCCCUGAAGGGAUGACCAGUCAUUAUAUAGAUCUGAUCCCAGGAGCCACUUUGCCUAAUAAGGCUGCUUACAAACUCACCCCUGAACAAAAUGCAGAAAUAGCAAGGCAGAUUCAAGAAUUGUUGGAGAAGGGUUUCAUAAGGAAAAGUGUUAGUCCCUAUGCUAUACCAUUAGUCCUUGCACCUAAGAAAGAAUGA